AUGGCGCAACUUUCUAUUUACCUUCUGCCAGUCUUCAAAUUGCUGAUGCUGUCACCACUUGUCAUCAUCAUGUGUACAGCGGUUACAGACAAGAACAACAAAUCACUUGACAACAGUGUGAGUUUUUUCAUACCUUUCGCAAACACUAAAUAAAAGGUUUUAAAACUUUGUUCAAGCUAACAGUUCAGUUUCUUUUUAUUCAAGUCUUCAAAAAUACAUUUUGUACGAAUUGUUUCAAUAACAUCUCUAUUUGAAAAUAGUGAUUUCUUGAUCAACUAUAGCCUCUUCCAUCGUGUUAUGGUGUUGGACAACCAGGUACAAAUGGUAUUCCAGGAGUGAAUGGCAUCCCAGGAUCCCCUGGGAUACCUGGUCGUGAUGGACGUGAUGGAGUGAAGGGAGAAAAGGGAGGCCCGGGAAAGACUGGACAACAGGGUCGAGUUGGCUUGAAGGGAAAGCGAGGGGAAAAAGGAGAGAGUCAGGUCCUGGGGAGUGCCUACCUUCCCUCCCACGUGAACUGGAAAGAGUGCUCUUGGAAAAAAGCAGAUGGCAGAGAUACAGGCGAAAUAUAUGUAAGUGUUCGGGUUAAAAAACAAAGUGCUAACAUGUUUACCGAGAAAUAUGUCUCUAAGAGGAGGGCAUUCUGAAAAUGAUGAGAAAGUGAGAAGACUUGUGCUCGAUUUACGAACACAUCCUUAGGUGACUGAAGAUUUAAUGUUUCUUAUUUUGCAUGCUCCUUGGUCGUCUCUUGCAUUUUAUCGCGCUCAGCUGUGUCUUCUCCAUCACGUUUCAUGCUGUUUAAAUUACAUUUUUAGUAGUCAGUUUUCUUAAACGACGAGCUAAUAGACUAUCACUUUCUUUUGCAGAGCUGUCAAUUCAUGAAGAAUUUCACGGAAACUGCCCUCCAUGUUUACUUUGAUGGUAAUCUCAGGAUUUACAACUGUGAUAGCUGCUGCAGUCGUUGGUAUUUCACCUUCAAUGGCGCCGAGUGUAGCUCUCCUGGGUCAAUUGAUGGAGCAUUUUAUAUGGCAGCAGGAGCUGGCAAAUCUUUAACCUUCACCGUCACCGUCACAUUGAAGGACACUGCAAUAACAUUCACAAAGGAAAAGUGCGAGUGGGAUUCUGGGUUGGAAACUGCAACACUGGCCACAAACUUGCUGACGCAUACACAGGCUGGACCACAAUGUCCCGCAUCUUCAUUGAAGAAGUCUCAAGAAGCCAAC